AUUAUUUUUUAUUAACGUCACGAUAAGCCAGGUAGGAAAGUUUUUGAACUGAUUAUUUAGCCACUUUCGUUGUAGAUUGGCGGUCUUUAUUUUUCAUUUGUCGUAAUUCAUUUUUUUCUCUCUCAUCAUAUUAACUGAUAAGCUUACACUGGCAAGAUUCAACUCGUGGAGUGCAAUCAUAUUAGUACUUUUGUAUUAUUAAUACUUUUUUAUUGAUUUCAACGCUUACCAAGUCAAGUAUUAAUGGCAGAAAAAAAGUUCCAUCAGCUGCUGUCUAUAAAACUUUUGUACAAAAGUCCGUUGUCGUCCUUAAUAUCCAGUUGGAAGAGGAGGAAAAACAAGAUGGUGAAACGGGCAAUGGACGACCCACCUAAAGACCAAUUGCAGCUUGAGUAUGUGCAAUCAAUCCCAGAGGCUCAAAUAUACAAAGGGGUGCUGUUGCAGGGGUACCUAGUACCUGCAGACUUACUGGAGGGACUCGAAGAUAUGCCCAUUAGACGCGACGAUGUAUUCAUCAUCACAUACCCGAAAUCAGGUACGACAUGGACGGAGGAGAUUGUCUCACUGAUUUGUCAGGGAGGAGACGUGGAAAAAGUUAAGAAAGAGCCUCUCGUUUAUAGAGUCCACCACCUUGAAGUUGGCAGUCCAUUCGGACAUUCUCGCUUCUUGAAAAAGUUACCUUCUCCUCGGUUAAUGGCGACACACUUACCUCUUCCUCUGUUACCAAGAGAUCUAAGAAAUCCUAAAUGCAAGAUUAUCUACGUAAUGCGAAACCCGAAAGACACGGCUGUUUCAUAUUACCAUCAUCACAAAAUAAGUUCUUUUCUGGGUAAUGCUUCACAUUCGUGGGAUAAGUUCCUUGCUUACUUUAUGGCAGGACAUGUUGUGUACGGAUCUUGGUUUGAUCAUGUUCUCCCCUACUGGGAAUUCUGCAAGAGAAACCCAAAUAAAGUUUUCUUUUUAUCUUAUGAAGAACUAAAACUAGAUCUGGGUGGCAUGGUGAGGAGGCUUUCAGACUUCCUGAAACAACCACUGUCAGUGGAAGAGGUGGAUGCGAUUGUCAACCAUUGUUCUUUUGAGAGUAUGAAGACGAACAAAAUGGUGAAUCGUGAAAACCUGCCAAUAAGUGAUUUGUUUGACAUGACACAGUCUAAAUUCAUGAGGAAAGGAAUCAUAGGCGAUUGGAAAAACUACUUUACGCAAGAGCAGUCUGAAGAAUUCGACGAGGUUUGUUCCGAUCGCCUCAGUGGAUGCGAUCUUCCUAUUCUGGAUGAUCCCGAGGAAGUGAUCCGAUAUUUCUCCGAUUUCGGUAGAAUUAUUUACAACGCUCCAGAGGCAUCUUUGAGCUCCGACGAGGAGGAAGAUGAGAGCGAAGAUGAAUCAUCGUAUUCACGGGAAAUGACAGUUCGAAAUUGUUAUUCUUUUAUUCCACAGAUGCAGCUUCAUGUACAGCCAGAUCCCUUAACACUCGAUUCACUUGGAUGACAAGAAGCUCAUUUUGUUUUUUUGUAAAUAUUUAUUCUUAUUAUAUUUUUAACAAGGAAACAUCCUGCAUUGAAAAGACUGAGUUAUCGGACACUGAACAACUUGAAUUUAGUUCUUUCUUCGAGGUAAUUUUCAUUGGGAAGAUACAUUCACACAAUCACGCAGAAGAAAAGACAUAGAGCAUAGAGAGAGUGAGAAAGUUACAUCCAUGUCUACGGUGGGAUUCGAACCUACAACCACUGGCCCCGUAGUCCAGUUUUACAAAUAACAUAUAUACCGAACUUCAUCGACAUCAGAAUGGAUACUAUUACUCUGUAUAUUCACUGUACAUUUUCAUUGUUUCUGAAAAUACUUGUUGACAAAAUGAGGAAUGUUGAAAGAUCAUUGACCUUAUCUUAUCCUAAUAAAAUAAAAGACACU